AUCAAUCAAUAUUACAUCAGUUUAUUUUUUACAUGGUAUCAGAGCAGGUUUAGAAUCAAAUAAUUCUGCUUGACCGGCGGGCGGCAGUCUCGCCUUGGCCGCCCGCCGGAUCUCUACACAUACCUUCACUCCGCUGCAUCUUCAACUCUCUCUCUGUAUUGAAAUUCAGGGAGAAAGACAGACACACACCAGUCCUCUUCUCGGCCAUCACACACACAGACGCUGUGAACCACCGUGGACCACCAAUAAUUCUCUCGCUGUCUCUCGCUUCUUCGAUCGAAUUUACAGCUUCCCAUUAAUGGGUUCUCUGCUCGGUGACUGGCCUUCCUUCGACCCUCACAACUUCAGCCAACUUCGACCCUCUGAUCCGUCAAACCCUUCGAAAAUGACGCCUGUCACUUAUCAUCCUACUCAUGAUCGGACCCUUCCACCCCCUAAUCAAGUGAUGUCUUCAGAAGCCAAAAAUAUACUUCUUAGACAUAUGUAUGAAGGUUCUAAAGAGCUGAGACCAAAGAGACCUGCCUCCGAACUUCUGACACCAGAGCAUGGCAACAAGCAUCCAAGGGCUUCUGCUUCAGACACCCCUCCCA